UCCCUCUUUUUUUCACCAACUGUUUCUGUGUUAUGCGCUUUCUGUGUAGGGGUUUCAACGAUUUUGUCUGUUUCUGCUCUUGUUCUGUUCCUGGGUAUGCCGAAAAUUCUGUUUGGAAUCAUGGGUGUUAAGUGAUUUGUGUCGGGCUUCUUCUAAUCGAGUGCCCAUAACUUCGAGUUGUGAAGCUGUGUUGCAUUAUGAGCUCGAGAUCUUGCUCGGGCCCUGCUUGGUAACUUGUGUUCUGCAGCUAGAUUACCCCCAAUCCAUAGCUCCUUGCCUGAGAAGAUGGUGGCUGAAUCAUGGUUCCGUAAUCUGUGGAGACUCCCGAAAAAGCAUGAAGGCAGUUCGGAUAAGGCGGUGAUUGGAAUGUUGGCUUUCGAGGUUGCAAGCUUGAUGUCGAAACUGGUUCAUCUAUGGCAGUCUCUAAGCGAAAAGAAUAUCGCAAGGCUUAGAGAGGAGAUUACCAAUUCCGUGGGGAUAAAGAAGCUUGUCUCCGAAGACGAUAAUUUCAUAGUAAGUUUAGUAUGUGCGGAGUUGAUGGAGAAUAUGGAGAAUGUGGCGAGAGCUGUGGCAAGGCUCGCGAGGAAAUGCGAGCACCCGAGUCUGAAGAGCUUUGAGAAUUGCUUCAGUGACAUGAUCAAGAAAGGUGCUGACCCAUAUGGAUGGCAGUUUGGGUGGAAGAAAAUGGACAGGAAGGUGAAGAAACUUGAACAUUUUAUCUCGGUUAAUGCAAGUCUGUACCAGGAGACGGAAAUUCUGGCGGAUCUUGAACAAACUUAUAAGAGAAUGAUGUGUAGUGAGGCUGCAUCCGAGAAUUUACUGGAGUACCAGAAAAAAGUCUCUUGGAAACGACAGGAAGUGAAGAAUUUGCGGGAGGUGUCUCUAUGGAACCGGACUUAUGAUUACACUGUGCUUCUCUUGGCUAGAUCGAGUUUCACGAUAUUUAGUAGGAUUAAACAUGUUUUUGGCAUUCAUUACGCAACAGAGGCAAGCGAGUUAAGCUCGGUGGAUUCUGAUUUCAUUGGUCGUAGUCAUUCGGUUUCUACACUUUCUCAAGCUUUGCCACAUCAAUCCGAGACCAGCAGUCUUCCCAGAUUUGCUUCUGGUCCCCUUGGGAGAUAUACAACUCCAACAUCUGGUCCACUUACUGCAAGAUCCACAAAGAUGAGCGAUUUUCUUUCGGGUCCUCUGAGCACCUCUCCUCCUAAAUCAGGUCCCCUUGCUCCAGAAAAGAACAAACGUUUCAAGUUCUACUCGGGUCCACUCGGAAAGCUCACUGCAAAAUCCGGCCCGAUCCUCGGUAUGGGAAAAAACGGCAAGAAAAUGGGGCAGACCCCUGAAAUGUCGCCCAUCUCUUCGGGGAAAAAACACCACUCAAGAACCAACCGGUUGACUCAAGUGGGACCGUUUAAAGGCUGCAUGGUUUCUCAAGACGGGAUUACUCCUCUCAGCAUUCGGAUCCAGAAUGGGGCUAGAAAUAGUAGUGCAGAACGACGUCAUCACCAUCUCCCCGAAGGAAACUCUGAUUUUGCUCACAUGGAUAACUCGGCAUUUCAGUCACGACCAAAGCUGUUAGAUGCUCCUCCCGAUACCCUGGGUGCUGCCUGCCUGGCAUUACACUACGCAAACGUCAUUAUCGUGAUAGAGAGAUUUGUGGCAUCACCUCACUUGAUAGGUGAUGAUGCAAGAGAUGACCUUUACAACAUGUUACCGGCAAGCUUGCGAGCUUCUCUGAGGGAAAAGCUAAAGCCAUACUCAAAGAGCUUGACCUCUUUGACGGUUUACGAUCCCAUGCUAGCGAAAGAAUGGACAGAUGCAAUGUUGGGAAUCCUGGAAUGGCUCGCGCCAUUGGCCCACAGUAUGAUAAAGUGGCAAUCCGAGAGGAGUUACGAGCAUCAGAGCUUGGUGUCCAGGACAAACAUAGUUUUGGUGCAGACCCUUUACUUUGCAAACCAGCAGAAGACAGAAGCCACCAUUACCGAGCUUCUUGUCGGCCUGAACUAUGUCUGGAGAUACGGUCGGGAGCUUAAUGCCAAGGUUCUGCAAGAGUGUACCAGCAGUAGAACCAUUGGGAAAUGUCUGGAAACUGAAAGCAAGUGAAUCCUCUCCAUCUCCAUGGAUAUAUACCUCGAGAAACUGGCGAUGAACCAUCGGGGACCAAACCUCAGGACAUUGCUUCGGACCAGCCCUCACAAGCCGGAGGAUGGAAAGUAGUUUAAGUACUUCUGGUAAGGAUACAUUAUCCGACAUGGAUGAGAGGUAUAAGCAAGCUAUUCCAUCUUUUUCCUUUGUCUGUCAUGGUCUUGGAUUGGAAAUUCUGACGCUUCCUAGGAUCAAGAUGAUGAGUCAGUGUAUAUUCUCUAUGAAUUUUUGUGGCGAAGUAUACUGCUUAUAUACAUAAAAUCAUCAUUUGGGUUGAGUUUGAUUCUGUGAAUGCCUUGUGGCUACAGAGAAGAAUCGGAGGAAAUGCCGAUUUGGAUUUGUUUUGGCCUUUUGUACCCCAAACUUCAACAAUGUCUGAUGCUUGGUGAAAGUUCUCCGAUUUUGGACU